AUGUCAAGCUCAAACCUCGUUGAAGUUACCUCUGCGUCUCAUUUCCAGGAACUUCUUUCAGCGGAUCUUAAUAGAGUUUCGGUAAUCAACUUUUGGGCACCAUGGGCUGAACCGUGCAAACAGAUGAACGAGGUUGUGGCUGAACUCUCCAAAAAGUAUCCUGUUGUGCUAUUCCUUCAGGUUGAGGCUGAUGGUGAACAGCAGGCUGACAUAGCCGAAUCUUUUGAAGUUGAAGCAGUACCGUCAUUGAUCAUCCUUCGGGGACACACUCUACUUGACCGAAUCUCUGGGGCAGAUGCAGCUGCUCUGACCCAAUCUGUUGCGAAACACGCGAGCACCCCUCAAUACAACCCACUGUCUCGGACCGAUAAUGCACCUGCGAAAGCACCCACAGUGGUCCCUUCUGCCCUAGAAGAUAAAACGGAAACAGAAGAAGAACUCAACACCCGCCUCAAACACCUAAUGAACCAAAGCAAGGUGGUUCUGUUUAUGAAAGGUACACCAGAGGCUCCACGAUGCGGAUUCUCUCGGAAGAUCUCUGCACUGCUUAAUGACAACAAGAUCGCCUAUACACAUUUCGAUAUAUUGACAGAUGAAAGCGUGCGACAAGGCUUGAAGGUUUUGAACAAUUGGCCAACUUUCCCUCAGUUGAUCGUGAAUGGAGAGCUGGUCGGUGGACUUGAUAUCGUUCAGGAAAUGGUGGAAACCGGGGAGCUUAAGGAAGUAAUAGGAUAG